AUGGCCCAACCCCAGCCGGAGUUAGCAGCGGGAAACCCGAUUGUCAUCAACAGCAGUAUUCCGUUUCCAGAGUCACUCAAGCUGGACGGAAAUUUGCGGGAAAACGUAGAGCUGUGGAAGGAUGCCUUCGAAACAUACAUAAUAGCGUCAGGAGUAGAAGGACUGUCGGAGCGUGUAAAAAUUGCCACAUUCAAAUCGGCGUUGGGACCCGAUGCAAGAAAGAUAUUUAAUUUAUGGCCGCUGGAUGAAGGGGAACGUAACACCGUAGCCGCAUGCCUGGAAUCUUUGUCCACACACCUGAUUCCACAGAAAAACGUCAAGUUGGCUCGAUAUGAAUUCAACCAGUGUCGCCAAGAGCCAGAGGACAGUAGUGGAAAUGCGGAAAAUAUGACUAGUUUCAUCAACCGAGCAAGAGCUUUGGUGAAAGACUGCCAAUACGGAAAUCUUGAAGAUGAGAUGCUUCGGGACAAGAUCAUCACCGGAAUUCGCGACAUGCAUUUGAAAAAGAAAAUGAUCGAGACAGACAACCUUACAUCGGCUAGAGUGAUCGAAAUGUGCCGAGCUGAGGAAGCAACGAGAGCUGAAAUGGAGCGAAACCAGUGGCUCGAAACAUUACAGCCACAAUCGCUAAACAAUAUUACAGGAGGAUAUAAGCUUAACAAACGUUGUUCAUUUUGCGGAAGGGCCUACCACAAAAAUUUGCAGGAAUGCCCUGCACGCGGCGCUAGCUGCAAUUAUUGUGGGGUAAAAAAUCACUACGAAGCAGUAUGUAAGAAGAAAAAAGAAGAAAGCAAACAAUCUAACUUCACGGACACAUGCAAAAAGCGAAACAGGAAAAAAGUAAAUACUGUCGAAGAAACGGAGCAACUUAGCGAAUCGCAGGAGAGUGAGAGCGAUCAGGAAUCGGUUACAAUGUGCCAAUACCUGUAUAGUCUGAAGCAAAAGGACGAUACGUUGCUGAAAACAAAUUUAACCUUUUUGGAUGCGAAUAAAGGCGAACGCCUAGUGCAGUGCAUUCUCGACUCGGGAGCUACAUGUAACGUCAUAGGAGCGAGUAACGCAAAGAAAAUUAUCGGUGACCAGCGGCUCCGUUUGGACAAUCAACAUGCGAUCCUAAAAGUGUUCGGCGGUGGAAGAAUUCGUUCUCUGGGCAGAACAACAAUAGACUGCGUCCACAAUGGAGUACACUAUAAGGCAAUUUUCCACGUCGUUGACUUCGAGCAAAUGCCUUUGCUAUCAAUGAAGACAUGUUUACAACUCAAGCUGAUCCAAUUUUGUUUUUCCGUGAUAGACGAUCAAAGAUUAGCAGCAAAGCAAAUUUUGAACAAAUUUUCGGGAGUCUUUGUCGGUCUUGGAAAAUUGGAAGGACGUUUACAUUUGGAUGUAGAUAAAACAAUUCAACCCGUUGUACAGCAGCCACGUCGUAUCGCGGUGACUCUGAGGGAAGAACUACGCCAGGAAUUGGAAAGGCUAGAAAAAUUAGGAGUAAUCGCCGAAGAAAAACGUCACACUGACUGGGUAAGUAACCUAGUACUGGUUAAACGAAGUAACAAGCUACGUGUAUGCAUCGACCCCGUCAUGCUCAACAAAGCUUUGGAGAGACCACACUUUCAGAUGCCUACUCUAGACGAACUAUUACCUGAGUUAGCAAACGCCAAGGUCUUUACAACUGUCGACGCGAAGUCAGGCUUUUGGCAGAUUGAACUGGAUGAAGAAAGCUCAAAAUUAACCACGCCCUUUGGACGUUACCGGUGGUUACGGAUGCCGAUGGGUAUAGCUCCAGCACCUGAGGUAUUCCAGCUCAGGGCUAACGAAAUCAUUCAUGGCCUCCGAAACGUUAAAGCGUUAAUGGAUGAUUUCAUGAUUUUUGGUUGCGGAGAAACUAUGACCGAAGCCAUGAUUGAUCAUAAUAGAAACUUGGAGGCUUUUCUUGAAAGAAUGAGCGAGAGAAAUAUGAGAUUAAACCCGGAUAAGAUUAAACUCUGCCAGGAAACCGUAAAAUAUUUUGGACAUAUUCUCACGUCAAGCGGGGUGAAACCAGAUCCGGACAAAACAAACAGCAUUCUGAAUAUACCUCAACCGAAAGAUGUCGCAGCAAUCCAACGCUUUCUGGGUAUGGUCACCUACCUGGCACACUACCUACCAAGUAUUUCUACCGUCGCAGAACCCCUACGUCGCCUAACGAUCAAAGAUCAGCCCUGGAUUUGGUCCCGUGAGCAGAAUGUAGCUUUUGAACGACUUAAGCAAAUGGUUUCAACGGCGCCAGUAUUACGAUACUUCGAUGUUGCAAAAAAUACAGCUAUCCAAUGUGACAGUAGCAGCGUAGGAUUAGGAGCUGUUCUCCUCCAAGAUGGACAUCCAGUCGUUUACGCGUCUAAGACCCUGACGGCCACUGAACGUCGUUAUGCACAAAUCGAGAAGGAAACACUAGCUAUCCUUUUUGCUUGUCGAAAAUUUGAAAUGUACAUACUCGGCCGCCCAGUUACGGUUCAAACCGAUCACCAACCUUUGAUCAAAAUUUUUGAAAAGCCUUUGGUAGAAGCACCUCUACGGAUCCAACGGAUGCUACUUGGACUUCAGCGUUAUAAAAUUCUCUUGCGGUUCACCCCAGGGUGGAACCACAAGCAGACCCUGAAAAUCAUACGCUAUAUCAUCGAUGGGUGGCCGGAGAAGUAUGAUGAAGUCCCUGCAUCCAUCCAGAUCUAUUGGAAGUACAAAGACGAAUUAAGCACUCACAACGGAAUGGUGCUGCGGAAUGAUCGUAUCCUUAUCCCACGCAGCCUUCGAAUGCGAACUUUGGAGAAGCUCCACCAAUGUCACUCUGGAGUUGAAGCAACAACUAAACUAGCUCGAGAUACUUUUUUUUGGCCUGGAAUUACUGACCAGAUCCGGCAGCGUAUCCAACAUUGCGACGUUUGCAAUAAGUUCUCAGCAAACCAGCAAAACCAACCAAUGCAAACUCACCAAAUUCCUUUGUACCCGUAUCAAAAGGUUUCUAUGGACAUCUUCGAAUGCGAACUGAAUGGUCACAAGUCAGUGUAUCUGAUCACCGUCGACCAUUAUUCCGAUUAUUUCGAAAUAGACGAGUUGCAGACUCAAACCGCAGCUGCAGUCAUCAAAAUAUGCAAACGAAACUUUGCCAGAAAUGGCAAGCCACAAGAAAUCAGUACGGAUGGAGGUCCGCAGUUCAUGAGCGAGGAAUUUUUCAUUUUCGCCAAAGAUUGGGGUUUCAAACACAGCGUUUCUGCGCCAUACCACCAACAAGCCAAUGGGAAGGCAGAGUCGGCGGUGAAAAUCGCUAAAAUGUUACUGAAAAAAGCUAACGAGUCCAAACAAGAUUUUUGGGAGCUGCUUUUACAGUGGCGCAACAUACCGAACAAGAUGGGUAGUUCACCAGUCCAGCGUCUGUUUAACCGGCGAACGCGUUGUGGAAUACCGAUGACUGAAAGAAAAUAUAUGCCGAAAAUAGAGGAGAACGUUUCUGAGAAAAUUUACCGAAAUCGUCAGCAUACUAAAUUCUACUACGAUCGAACGGCACGAACUCUUCCAGAUCUUGAAGCUGGGCAACACGUUUUUGUGAAACUUAAGCCGGGAAACAAAGAAUGGAUUCGAGGAACAGUGAUCAAUCCUGUUACAGAUCGUUCAACAGUCGUAGCCGUAGGUGAUCAAGAAUAUCGUCGAGAUAAUACCAUGAUCAGACCAGCGAAUACAGCAGUAAAUAUCUCAGCGAAUAAAAUCAAAGAAGAACACACAUCAGCAGUACCGGAUGGCCAACAACGGACACCAACGGUCAGCGAUCCGAUUACUUCGGUAUCUACUCGUCCAAGUCGUGUUAUCCAGGUUCCCACCAGAUAUCAAGAUUAUGAAAUGUAUUAA